GUCCUAGAUUGUUAGUACCUACAGCAAAGUAGGUGAAUGCAGUUUAUACUAACCGUAGGUAAUUAGUCACCCAUUCUCAUUGUAGACACCGGAAUAUGUCUCAAUGGCCGUCUGACCCGGCACCAUCUAUUGUCAGCCGGACAAUGUUGUUGACCGCGGAGAAAACAAACAAUUCAUAUAGACGCGAUUAGGGACAACCACUUCCAGUUAAUAUUGCAGAGAGCAUCUGAAAACACGUGGAUGUAGCUACUAUGCGUCGCUUUACAAUAAUAUUGUGUUUCAUGUCGCGAGUGAUUUACGGAACAUACACAGUUCAACACCACUCAUAUUCGGAGCACAUGUCAAGAAAAUCGAGAUCAAACAUGCCGCAGGUGCUGCAAAGUGGUUAUGUUUACAGACACUUCGAUGAACCUGGACAGUUUGUUGGCAUCGAAAAGCCUGUUGUUAUCCCUUAUGUGCCGCAAAACCCCACGUCUGUUGAAAAAUUGAGGAAUGAUCCGCCACCAACAUUUGAUUACGUUAUCUCGCCUCACACAACCCCAUUUACAAAAAGGGACAUAGACUAUGAAAUAGCGAAAUCCGCAUCCAAAGCUAAAUAUGAAACUUCGAGAAUGAAAUCAGACAACAUGUAUGAUAAACUGAAGUCAGUGAUGCACUACCACCCUCCCCCGGAUAAAGAGUUUGUAUCUGGGUAUGACGGCAGCAGUGAAUACCGAAUAGACGAUGACGACGUAAGGAGCAGUUCUAGAAGUUCAUAUGACAGUUGGCCAUACUUUUACCAUAGCCCUUAUGAAUAUGCACAUGACAAAGAUAUGUAUGAUGCAGAAAAAGUGAAAGACAAACGUUAUGUAUUAGAAGGAAUUCAAAGUAUACCAGUUUAUGAGGUUACAGAAAACGAUACUCCUGCCGGUUAUGCUGCAAGCCCUGGAAGUUAUUAUGAUGUCACCGACAACCCUAUAACAGGAGAUGAGCCAUUUUUUUCAUUUGUUCUUAAUGAUUAUUUUGAAAGGAGUGGUUACGACGAGGACCCACUUUCAUUUAAAGGAUUGGAUUGGGGCAAAGAUUUCGACCAUGAUAUUUCAAUGCCUGAAGAUAAUGGCAGAAUUCGACGAUUAGAAAACAGUAAUUAUUAUUCAACUGUACCUCCAUUAACAAACACAGAAAGCCAAGAUGUCUAUUCCAGAUAUGCAAAUGCAGAAUCAGCAGCAACUAAAGGUAAACGACAAGAUCAUGAAUUCGACAAACGUGAAAACGGUGCAAAGAAACAUUCUGACCAUAAAACUGAGUAUGAAAACAAAUUAAAUCGAUAUAAUGGAUUCAAAGAUUUUCUAGACACUUUUGCAAAUAAGUUCGGCUCAGAAGAUCAUAAGAAAGAUUCUAAAAUAAUUAAUCAAGUAAAUCGAGAUAAAGGUGAAAACAGGAAAGGUUUUCACAGAGUCUACCACAAGGAUGAAUACCAAGAAGACAAAGAAUUCUUCGAUAACAAUAACAGCAGCACAAGAGGAAUAGAGAGGGGCAGUUCUAACGCUCACCUGGGUGGAUCUGAAGCUUACUUGCGGUCCCAAGCAGCCGCGGCAGUUGGAAACCAAUCGACAAAUGCCAACAAUUCAGGAAACACAAGGGAUCAAAAGUUUGAGAAGACUCACACAGGACAUGACAAAUCAAAUGCAGUACAACACAGCUUCAACAAGUACAUAGACGCGGCAAAGAGAGCGGCCCUCAGCAACGAAGCAGAUUAUGCAGACCACUACAGGAUAUGACAGGAGGCGAAACAUUUGAGUGAUAUACUCAACCGCGACACUCAAAAAGUGACGACAGACUGUGCAAAGUGAGUGACUGAAAAAGUGGAGUUUUGCGGAGGUUUAAACAAUUCGGAAUUGUGUUUAGAGAUAAUAGACUAUCAUAAUGGUCUAGGAAAUCAUAAUAUGUUUGUUGAUUUCCUUUUCAGGGUAAACAACCGAAUGGACUGAAGGAAGACAAUAAGUCGUAACAUUCAUAGCGAUGACAUCGCUCGCUGUUAUUUUUUUUAUUAUCUGCUAUUGUAGGGCAUUGUUUUUUUACCUAGCUGAUAAGUCUUUUUUACUUCAGGUGGGCAUCACGAUCACGAUCCAUCGCUGCCUCUGUUUUAGAAUAGCAUUGAACUAAUCAUCAUCAUCCUCCUGCCCUUAUCCCAAUUUUAUUUGGGGUCGGCGCAGCAUGUUUUCUUCUUCCAUACUCUUCUAUCUGCCGUCAUCUCACAAGUAACAUUCUUUCUUGAACAUUGAACUAAUCAUUAAAACCUUAAUGUAGUUCACUGUAACUGCAAACUGUGCGAUACAUUAACCUUCACAUAACCUAACGAUUUUGACCAUGUUGUAACGUUUAUAGACUAUGUAGGUAGACUGAUUGAUGAUAAGUCCCCAAAAAUCAAUUGUUGCUUUAAGUAGGUACGAGUUUUAAAAUGAAACGGCAAAACUGUGUAAUGAACAAUAUUUUUAUAAUGUUGAUUUACAAUGCAAAUUCGAAAUAUAAAAUGUAAUAUUUAAGCUAGGUAUAAGCGAUACACACAAAGCUACCUUAAGAUAUGUAUUUCUU